AUGCAAAGACAUCUUUGCUAAUGUAACUGUUUAAACUGCUUCACAUAACCACAAAUGAGACCAAAAUGUGCCAAACAAAUAAUCAAAACAAACAAUGAUGACUUUUUAAAUGCUCAAAGAAAGAAGAAAUUAACUGGUUAGGAGAUCAAAUGGUAAGGUUAUAAUGUCUCCUUUGGGAGAUCAAAAUUACAUCUUCCCCACCCUCCACAGCACCCUACCCCUCCUCCCAACAGUGAAGUGGAUAGUUUCUGAAAAAUACAAUGACCCUUUAUGCCGGGCUUCUCUUGUCUGCUAAGGAUGCCAUCUGUCUCCCACACUAUAUAAACAAUCCCUGCAGGAAUCUUCUGAUGACCAAACAGAUUAGCAAGCUCCAGAUUUUCACACCAUUAAUAAUAUCCCCAUCCAGAUUAGGCCUCUUGCUUUAAUAAUGCCAAAGAUAAGCCAUAUAACUGAUUUCUCUGUAUAGGUAAUGUGAGUGUCAUGUUAAAGAUAACCUCUCAGAGGGUACAGCCAUCUGUUGGGAGGAGGGGGGUGGGGAAAGCUCUCUCUAGGCAACCAAGAAAUGAGCCCUUGAGGGAAAAGGAGAAACAGUAAAAUGAAAAUCAUACUGGUAAGACAAACGAAUACAUGAAAUUUCACCAGGUCUAAUGGAAGACUCUACUAAUUGCAUAAAAAUCUUUUUCUUCUAAAAGACAAAGUACAGAAAACUGCGCAAGAAAAGACAAGUUUCACCCUUUGACAAAGGUGUACGUACAGCGAGAAUUCAGAGUUUCCUUGACUCUGGGGCAGUGAGAGCAGAAACAUACCAGGAAGGCUAAAGCCUCCCAGGAAGUUUGCCUACCGUCCACCUCUAUCUAUGAUGAUCGCCGAUGCUUGCCUUCUCGAACUUUAACAUCGAUCCCCUGUAACUCUGUGAGCUCUCAGUAUUGUCUCCAAAGACUUCCAACUCUUAGAGAAAUAAGCAUGCCUGUAAAGAUGUUCCUAAAGUUGGUAAUCAUAAAGGAAAAACACUUGAGCACUGCAAAGGGAGGAAAAGACAGGCAUGGAAGAGCCAGACCUCUGCAGUUGCACGUCCUCGGAAACGACUACGUCUAAAUCUGCAGCCCCAGUUUUCUCCAGGCCCCAAGCUCCAGCAGAGGAUGUCCACAAACCAUUCCUAACCGAAAAGAAAUGAAGCCCCCUCUCCCUCAAAUGAUGCCCAAACGGACCCAAAAGUCUCAGCUCCCUCGGAUAAUCAAAGCAAAAAACACGUCCCGGUGUCUCUCACCCGCAUUUCAAGGUAGCGGAAGCCAAAAUGUCAAAUGAAUGACCGCGCCGGAGCGCGAGGGAGGAAAACAAAGGCACCUCCCGCUAGCCGGUACCUGCGGCGCCAGGGCCCGGCGCCGGCCGCACACUCACCUGGGGCUCGGCGCCGCCGAGGGCUGCGGGUGGGAACGGGGCCGCGGGGCGGGAGGGCGCCCCCGCAGUCGACCAGACCGGCGGCCCCGGCGCCCUCCGGCCGGUCCGUGCGCGCCGCGGGGAAAGCAGGCGGCCGGGGGCGCCGCCGCGCGUCGCAUGCAGCUCCCCACUGCGGCGGACGCUGCCAAGGGGCCCAGGGACCCUGCGCUGCCGUCUCCGACCCCGCGACCCGAGGCGGCGACGGGAGAGACGCGGCGCAAGAGCAGAGCGCGUCCAGUGCGCCCCUCAGCGACUCUUCCCGCCGCCCUCCGCAGCGGGCUGGGUCUCCGCUCGCCUUUGUGCUGGCAUCUUCCUUCGCUCCCAGCGACACUCGGAGCUCCUCUGGCGGCUCCGCGCCGCCGCCCACCCCCGGGUUACGCCGCGCCCCCCGCGCGACCCGCCGAUUGUGUCGAGUCAGCACCCGCGGCGGCGGGGACGCGCGAAGCCAUGUCUCCCGCCCGCGCUCCAGAGGGCGCCGGGGGUCCGGGCGCCGCGAGGAGGUUUCCGGCCGAGUUCGGCGACCCCGGCGGGGCGCGGCGCGUGCCCGAGCGGCUCCGCAGCGUCCGGCUCCCCGGCGCUCGCUCUCCUGGCGUCGCCCGCGAGCAGUGCGCCGGCCCGCCUGGAUCUCCCCUCUCGCCGCUACCCGCCGCCUGGCCCGGCCUCCCUCCCGCCGCCACCUUCCUCCUGCCGGGCUAGCCCGGGCGCCCGCCCCAACCAACCCCUGCGCCCCGGCCCUCGGAGAGCGCAGGGCCGGCCCGCUCACCUCCGGCGGCGCCGGCGCCCCUCCCGUUAGACGCCUGGGCAGCAUCUGCCCGCACCUUCCUGCGGGGCGCUUGGCUGGGGGCUUCCUGCACGUCGGGGACCGGGGAAAGGGAGUCGGGGGGCAGGGGGAAGGACGGGAGGGACAGCCAGACCUUGGCCAGCUGGACCUCCUGAGGAAGGUGCGGGAGAGUGGGGCGGGUACAGCCGGGCGGAAGACGAAUCCCGAGGCUGCGGAGGAUCCGGAGCUUCUCUCCUGCGACGCCGAAGGACACGAGAGUUCUGAGAGGCGCCGUGGAGGAAGGAGACCCUCUGAGGUCAUGCGAGCAGGUCUCUGCCCAAAUCCCACCGAAAAGCUGAAUGGAGGAGUGUCAUGCCUCGGUUUCCCCAACUGCAAGGGCAAGACGGUAAUACUCAUGUCACUUACACGGGGUGUGGUCAUAAUAAAAAUGGAUUAUUGAAAGUGCUUCGGGGUACUUUGCCUAAAGAGGGCACUAAAUUAAAAAAUUACUGCAUUAAUAGCUUCAGCUUUCCAUUUACUUCUUCUGUAGCAUCUUCAUUGACUCUCAGUCCCACUUGGAGGAAAGAGUAAAAACGCCAAAAUGACUCCAAGAACUGAGGACAGACUUGUACACUACUUGAAUUGUGUCUCCCAAGAUCUUUGCAUGGACUCUAACUGCUGAUUAUAUGAGUGUCCUGACUCUUCAUCAUCCUAGGUUACCUCCUUUCUAUGAAUGUGCUCAAGUUUGUGAACACUGCCUCUGAAGUGUAGUGUCCAAAGCUGAACCCAAAGGCAGAUUCCAAGAAACUGAAACAUCAAGCCCCUUCUAACACCACAGGCGGAAUCCUAGCAAUAUGUUCCCAUGGUCUUAGAUUUCUGUAAAGGUUUAAACAGUAAAAUAUUUUACUCUCAAGAGCCUGCUGUAUCCUUUCAUCUAACUUCCAUUCUGUCAUAAUUUCCCUUCUGUCUGGAAGCAUUAUGGUGGUCGUGGACAUUUGGGGACCUGGCUAAGGGAAAAUUGACUUUGUAAGUGGAAUAAAUGUAUGUAGUUCAUGGGCAUCACAGCCUAUAGUAACAGUGACAUCUAUUCCAGCAGCUCAAAGGCCUACAGUUAUCUGACCACAGGUUAUUAUGACACAAAGGUGGAGGGCCAGACACCUUAUCAGCAGAUGAAUAUGUCCUUCAGGAUCCAGCAUGAUAGCCAUGUGAUCACUUCCGGCAAAUAUUUAAGGAGCAAUGAUGGGUGUCACUUCUACCUCAAGAUUAAGAAUCUAAUGUGACUUCUCUUAUUCUCUUCACCUUUACUGAGACCACAGAGGCUAUAUAUUGCAAUGGUGUCAUCCCAAGAUAGGAGGAGACUGGAUCCCUGAACCAUCACUUGGAGGAAAGCUGACUAACUGAUAUGAGACUGUGAUGUGAGCAAGAAAUAAAGUGCUAUGAUAAUUA